UCCAGCGAGAUCAGCUCUUCAACUGUCUGUCCGCUCAUCACAUCUCAGCUGUCGGCGAAAAUAUGGAGUAUCUCGAGAACAUCCGAAAUCUGAGGGGGAGAUGCGUCCUGAGGCGCGACAUCAUCCGAGAGUUUCUGGCAGAAUUACUCGGGACAUUCGUGUUAAUACUUUUCGGUUGCGGUUCAGUGGCCCAGACUGUCCUCAGCAGAGAAGCAAAAGGACAGCUUCUCACCAUCCAUUUUGGCUUUACUCUAGGGGUGAUGCUGGCCGUCUACAUGGCAGGAGGCGUGUCAGGAGGACAUGUGAACCCUGCUGUUUCUUUGGCUAUGGUUGUCCUGAGGAAACUCCCACUAAAGAAAUUCCCUGUGUAUGUGUUGGCCCAAUUUCUAGGUGCCUUUUUUGGGUCUUGUGCCGUCUACUGUCUUUACUAUGAUGCCUUUACAGAAUUUGCUAAUGGAGAGCUAGCUGUAACUGGCCCAAAUGCCACAGCAGGUAUCUUUGCAUCAUAUCCACGUGAAGGACUCUCAUUGUUAAAUGGAUUCAUUGAUCAGGUGAUUGGUGCAGGUGCCCUGGUCCUAUGUAUUUUAGCUGUUGUAGAUAAGAAGAACAUUGGAGCACCUAAAGGAAUGGAGCCUCUGCUUGUCGGUCUGAGCAUCCUGGCUAUUGGAGUGUCAAUGGCACUAAACUGUGGAUAUCCUAUAAACCCUGCCAGAGACUUGGGACCUCGGCUGUUCACUGCCAUUGCAGGAUGGGGAUUAACCGUGUUCAGUGCUGGCAAUGGCUGGUGGUGGGUUCCAGUGGUGGGGCCAAUGGUGGGCGGAGUGGUUGGUGCUGCUAUCUACUUCCUGAUGAUCGAGAUGCAUCACCCUGAGAACGACAAGAACCUGGAAGACGACAACAGCCUUAAAGACAAAUAUGAGCUGAACACCGUCAACUAGACCGUGAGAGAAUGUAUGG